GGGAGACCAGAUAUAGUGAAUGCAGGGUCCGGGGAGAGCGGAUAUAGUGAAUGCCGGGUCCGGGGAGACAGAUAUAGUGAAUGCAGGGUCCGGGGAGAGCGGAUAUAGUGAAUGCAGGGUCCGGGGAGAGCGGAUAUAGUGAAUACAGGGUCCGGGGAGACCAGAUAUAGUGAAUGCAGGGUCCGGGGAGAGCGGGUGAAUAGUGAAUGCAGGGUCCGGGUCGGCGAGACUGGAUAUAGUGAAUGCAGGGCCCGGGGAGAGCGGAGACAUAGUGAAUGCAGGGCCGGGGAGACUGGAUAUAGUGAAUGCGGGGUCCGGGGAGACUGGAUAUAGUGAAUGCAGGGUCCGGGGAGACUGGAUAUAGUGAAUGCAGGGU